AUGAGGGAGAAUGAAGACUUCCUCUUCCAAAGCCUCUUCAACACCGCCAAGGCGCUUGGAAGGUUAGACACGGCGAAGCUAUCGGAGGUGAAGAGCCUUCUGCAAUACGAGAAGUUCGUCAGCAAUGAACAGCCAUUUGGUCACAAGCAUCGCUGCUCGCUUCUCUCGCUGGGGACGUUUGUUCUGUAUUCGAGGGGCCGACACAUCGACCGCAUUCUGCCGUGGCUCCUCCAAUACUACGCGGCUCUUCCCCGCAUGAAAUGGAGCGACAAUGGGUUUCUGAACAAACGGGAUCGUGUCACCAUCUUUGAGCAGUUCGCCUUCUGCUUCAACACAAUCCUUUCUGAGCUGGCCGCACAGCACCCUGAACACCGAGAAACGAUUGUCGUCGCUCAAUUAGACCUACUCGCUUGCGUUGUGGACGAGAUUUUGAACAACGUGGAAAGCAAACGAGGCGCUCCUGGAGAAGCUGUGUCGACUGUGAAGAAAAUAUGUCUAGUGCUCGGGUUGCUCCGUUCAUUUGGUCGAUCAUCGCGGGACCCCAGCAAGCCUUUGAUAAGCGAGAUUUUUCGCAUGGGCCACGCUACGGAGAGCGAUGGGGACGAGUUGCAAAAGUUGAUCGACGGCUUCCGGCAGGCCACCGAGGACGAUGUAGAGAAUCAAAAGCCCGCGCAGAAAACUAUGGAGCGCCCGAAUGAGCCAAUCUACAACCGGCACGGGACCAGCUUUCCGGAAAACCCGGAGCGCUGCUCGACGAUUGAGUUGAAGCACGCCGAGGCUCUAUUUGAUCCGAUCCAACGCCUCGUUCGCCCUGCCGUAUUGACGCGUCUUGACGAGUACGCCGUUGAAGUACAAGAGGGCAAUACAGUGAAGCGUUUCCCGUAUCGCUGGCUUUCCGAGGUGGUGACCCUGUGCUGUCUGACGGUCCUCCGGGAUGUUCUGCAACCCCCGUCCGGUCAGCUCCCCGCGGCAAGCCGCCAGUUUCAUAAAGAGAUCCACGUGUUUGCCGUCGAAUUGCUGAGCCGAAAUGACCGUGCCGGCGCGACGAGCGAGGAGGAGAAGCGGCGGACGAUAGGGGUAGGAAUUUUGGCUCUGUACCGA